GCAGAGCCGAGUGAGGCUCACCCCGCCCCGGUCCGGGACUGACACAAGGCUGACUUUGACUGGGUCUGGGGCUCGACAGGGAGGUGGGAGGAGAGUAGCAGCGGGAGAAGGCUGCGACACCAGAUCCUGCUCCCUAGCCAUUGUCCUCAUCUCACGGUGACAGCGCCGUGUCCACAAAGGAAAGUGCCCAGAUUUUCACACAACAACCUCGCGGAGAAGGGGGAAAAUGGCAAAGUCAGAAGUGAAAACGUCCCUUCUGGACAACAUGAUCGGGGUGGGAGACAGUGUACUUUUAGAACCUCUCACUGAAGACACAUUCUUAGAAAAUCUCAAAAAGCGCUUUGACCACAGUGAGAUAUAUACUUACAUUGGAAGUGUAGUUAUAUCUGUAAAUCCUUACAGACCCUUGCCCAUCUACACUCCAGCAAAAGUAGAAGAAUAUCGCAACAGAAACUUCUAUGAGCUUAGUCCUCACAUUUAUGCAUUGGCAGAUGAAGCCUACAGAUCUUUACGAGACCAGGACAAGGACCAAUGUAUACUUAUCACUGGAGAAAGUGGAGCUGGCAAAACAGAGGCGAGCAAAUUGGUUAUGUCCUAUGUUGCUGCUGUUUGUGGCAAGGGAGCAGAGGUCAAUCAAGUCAAGGAACAGCUGCUACAAUCAAACCCUGUCCUUGAGGCCUUUGGAAAUGCCAAAACUGUGAGGAAUGACAAUUCUUCCAGAUUUGGAAAGUAUAUGGAUAUUGAGUUUGACUUUAAAGGCGACCCACUUGGUGGUGUUAUCAGCAACUAUCUCCUGGAGAAGUCACGCGUUGUCAAGCAACCUAGGGGCGAGCGGAAUUUCCACAUCUUUUAUCAGCUGUUGUCAGGGGGUUCUGAGGAUUUGUUGAAGCAAUUGAAGCUUGAGAGGGAUUUCAACCAUUACAAUUACCUGGGCCUGGACUCGGCUGAAGUGAAUGGGGUAGAUGAUGCUGCCAACUUCAGAACAGUAAAAAAUGCCAUGCAGAUUGUUGGUUUCAUGGAUGACGAAGUAGAGUCAGUUCUAGAGGUGGUAGCUGCAGUGCUAAAGCUGGGAAACAUCGAAUUCAAGCCAGAGUCCCGAGUAAAUGGUGUGGACGAGAGCCGAAUCCAAGACAAAAACGAGCUGAAGGAGAUCUGUGAGCUGCUUGGGCAGGAUCAGGCUGUGCUGGAGAGAGCCUUUAGUUUCCGGACUGUGGAGGCAAAACUAGAGAAGGUUUCAACAACACUUAAUGUAGCCCAGGCUUACUAUGCACGUGAUGCAUUGGCCAAAAACCUGUACAACCGGUUGUUCACUUGGCUUGUGAACAGAAUCAAUGAGAGCAUUAAGGCACAAACCAAAGUGAGAAAGAAGGUGAUGGGAGUGCUAGACAUAUAUGGAUUUGAAAUUUUUGAGAACAAUAGCUUUGAGCAGUUCAUAAUCAACUACUGCAAUGAGAAAUUGCAGCAAAUCUUCAUUGAACUAACUUUGAAGGAAGAACAGGAAGAGUACAUCAAAGAGGGAAUUGAAUGGACUCAUAUUGAGUACUUCAACAAUGCCAUCAUUUGUGAGCUGAUUGAAAAUAAUACAAAUGGAAUCCUGGCCAUGCUUGAUGAAGAAUGCUUGCGUCCUGGUACAGUGACAGACGAGACCUUCCUGGAGAAGCUUAAUCAAGUCUGUGCCAUACAUGAGCGUUUCGAAAGCAGGAUGAGCAAAAGUUCCCGCUUCCUCAAUGAUACCUCUUUGCCUCACAACUGUUUCAGGAUCCAGCACUAUGCUGGCAAGGUGAUGUACCAUGUGGAGGGAUUUGUUGACAAAAACAAUGACCUGUUGUACCGUGACCUGUCCCAAGCCAUGUGGAAGACGAACCAUGUGCUUGUCAAAUCCCUUUUCCCAGAGGGAAACCCAGCUAAGAUGUCCUUGAAGAGACCACCUACAGCUGGGUCACAGUUCAGGGCUUCUGUAGCAACUUUAAUGAAAAAUCUAUUGACCAAAAAUCCCAACUAUAUCAGAUGCAUCAAACCGAAUGAUCAGAAGGCUCCUCUUAUAUUCAUGGAGGCUCUAGUGCGCCACCAGAUCAGCUAUCUGGGCUUGAUGGAGAAUGUACGUGUGCGACGAGCUGGCUAUGCUUUCAAGCAGCCUUAUGAAAGCUGCCUGGAGAGAUACAAGAUGUUAUGUUCACGGACCUGGCCCCACUGGAGGCAAGGGGCAAGGGAUGGUGUUGAAGUGCUCCUGACUGAACUUCAGAUCCCUUCAGAAGAGUUUUCAUAUGGUAGAUCAAAGAUAUUUAUUCGAAACCCAAGAACACUGUUUGAGCUGGAAGAUCAGAGGAAGGGUCGUCUGGAAGAUUUGGCCACGCUUAUUCAGAAGAUCUACCGUGGCUGGAAGUGCCGUACUCACUUCUUGUUGAAAAAGAGCCAGAUCAUUAUUUCGGCUUGGUCUAAGAGAUAUUUUCAACAGAAAAAAUAUCUAAGGCUGAAGAUGGUGACCGUACAUAUUCAGUCAUAUAUCAGAGGAUGGAAGGCACGCAAACUUUUGCGGGAACUAAAGCACCAGAAGCGUUGUGAGGAGUCAGCUACAACAAUUGCAGCCUAUUGGCGAGGAACUCAGGCACGGAGAGAAUUGAAACGCCUGAAGGAGGAGGCCAGGCGUAAACAUGCCGUUGCUGUCAUUUGGGCUUACUGGCUUGGACUGAAGGUUCGCAGAGAAUAUCGAAAGUUCUUCCGUGCAAAUGCAGGCAGGAAGAUCUAUGAAUUUACCAUUCAAAGAAUUAUACAGAAGUAUUUUGUGGAUCUGAAGAAUAAGUUGCCUUCACUGUCCCCAACAGAGAAGACUUGGCCUGUGAGACCUUACCUUUUCCUGGACAAUACACACACAGAGCUGAAGAGGAUCUUCCACCUGUGGAGGUGCAAGAAAUACAGGGAUCAGUUCACUGACCAAAAGAGAGCUACUUUUGAGGAGAAGCUUGAGGCAAGUGAGCUGUUCAAGGACAAAAAAGCUUUGUACACCAACAGCGUUCCACAACCCUUUCAAGGAGAUUAUCUGGAAAUCAGUAAGAACCCCAAAUACCAGAAGCUAAAUGGUGCGGUGGAUGAGAAGAUACUUCUGGCAGAUGUUGUAAGCAAAAUUAAUAGAGCUAAUGGCAAGGGAACUCCGAGGAUCUUCUUAUUAACCAAGAGCAACUUCAUCAUUGCUGAUCAAAAGUCAGGCCAGAUCAAAUCCACCAUUCCCGUGAUGGACAUCACAAGUGUGUCUGUGAGCAAGCAAACAGAUGGACUCUUUGCUGUACACCUCAAAGAGGGCUCCACUGCGGCUACUAAGGGCGAUUUUCUAUUCACCAGUGACCGUUUGAUUGAGAUAAUUACCAAGCUUUAUCGUACAAUAUUCUUCAAAACCAACCAGAAGAUAGCUGUUGAGAUAAACAAUGAAUUUCUGGUUCAGUUCAAUCAGGACAAAGUCUGUGUGAAGUUUAUUCAGGGGACACAGAAAAAUGGCAACCUCCCCACAUGCAAGAGGAAAAAUAAUCGUCUCCUGGAGGUCACAGUUCCUUAACUGCAAAUCCUGAGCUUUCUGGGACAAUUUAUUGCUGCACAUAUGAUUAUAUAUUUUUUCAGUUAAUUUUCUUCUCCUGAGGCUGUGACUGGCUGAUAAUGGUUAAGCUGUGUAACAGUGGAGUCAAUUUAUUUUCUAUUUCUAAGAUUGGUUCUCAAAACUCUUAAAAUAAGGGUUUCAUUUCACAAAUCUCAGGGUGGUAGUUCCUCCAUCACUUUGCAUCAGAAUUACCUGCUUGAUGUAAUAUUAAGCAGUACAGGGCAAGAAAGUCCUGAUUUACAAAUUGAGAUCCGGGAAGAGGGAUUAUUUUUUGGAAAACUUACCAUGUACACAGUAGCCGAAUGUCCUCAGUCUGUGCCGUAAAUGUCUGUAGUUCUGUGGUUUUAUCACAUGGCUAGUUUACGUCAACUUGGGCCUGAAGUAGAACACUACAUUUGGUUAUAUUGGCUGUCUGCUGAACUCUCACUGCCAAAGGUCACAUGAACCAAAAAGCCACUUGAGUGAGGUAUCAGAUAGCUGAUAUUUCAAACCUGUGGAAUUACAUUAGCCAGCUCCUUCAGGAGAAAGGGUGGGUGAGUAUGGGGACAUUGGGGAUUAUUGGGAGAAAUCUCUAGAUGGGAAACAUAAAAGAUUUUUAAAUGUAAAAGAGAUUUGGGAAUUUUAACCAGAUUCAUGAACUUGAACCUAAGCUAGAUGCCUGGGUGUGUGGAACAUUAUAGUUUCAGCUUUCUGCGAGGCAGAAGCUAGCAUAAAAUGGAGAAAGCAAUUUGAUUUUUUUUUAAAAAUAGUGCAGUAAGAAGCCACAGGUGAUUAUAUUGUAACUUUGCGUACUAGAGAUUGUCACUUGGUUAUGGGAUCAAGCUAUCAGUGAUCAGACAUUUGCUGAACUAUGUACAGGAAAAUUGCUUGUUUUAAUAAGAAAUACAUUGUAUGUAUUGUGCAACAAAAAAAACAGGUUUUAAAGUGUUUUGUAAAGGCUAUUUAUGUUAAAUUUCUUUGAGAGUUGCUCAGUACAGGCAGCUGUGUAGAACGCUGCAAAACAACCAGCAGGCCAACAACAUUUUUGCUAAAUUGCUGCAAGUUAUAGAAUUCACACUAUACAGACUUAAAAAACACUAACAGGAAAUGAAAUGAAAUACGAUUCAAUAAAUCUUUACAAAGUAACUUUUGAGGUAAAGAGAUGUAAAUAGAUUGAGGUCGGUAUUGUGAUCGUGGUCUGGUUUAAUUGUGAUGUAAUGCUGGUGUGCUGUAAUGUUAUAAUCAUAUUUUUGUAUUUAAUGCCUCUUUCAAGCUGAUCCUGCCUGCCGAAUUUGUGUAUCAGACUAUGGUCAAAAUCAAAGUUAAUGCAGCUGAUUUAUUAAUCUUUUAUAAAUCUGUCAAAUUCAUGCA